CGCAUGGAUGGAUAGCAACACUGACUUAUCUGUCGCUUGUCGCCGUGUUGGGUCAUGAAUUUUCGUAAAAUUGUUUAUCCAUAAAAAAAUCCUAUUUCCUUGUGUAUGUACAUAAUUUCCAUAGUUUAUAAUGUUAAGUGAAGUGAUUAUCCUGCAUAUAACAUUUAAACAAGCCCAUGCUUAAGAAUUACCGUAAUAUAAUAACUUAGUGAUCAAUGUGAUUGUUAUCAAUAUAAUGUGAGAUAGAAUAGUCAAAUCAUGCAGAUUUUAUUUAAUUUGAUUAGUGAUCUAUUGAUAUAAUCUGUUAUUUAGGCCAGUAUUAAUGUAUUGCACUGUGUGUGAGAUCUAGGCGCGGUUAAAGUAGGUCAGUCGGAUCGAGAGCUACAUGAUAACAAUGAGUGAGAAAUUGCCAAAUUUCACCAGCUAUAUCAACUCGCCGAAGAACAAUGGAGAGAAAAAUGGAUCAUUGCAAGAAGUGAAACCAAAAUUAUUAAAUGCGCUCCAAGGCUGAAGAAACUUCCGACCAGACCUUGCGAUUGUGACGUUAAUGUGACCUUCUUUUUGAACGAAAAUGAUAGAUAUAAUGUGACGUAUGAUGUAUGUCGGAAAUUAAAAAAGGAGAACUGGUAGUGGGGGCGGCGCACAAUGUGAUAAUGCUGACUCCCCUCAGCGAAAGGGACCAGGGGCGCAUGGGGUCACUCUUCGUGACAAACUACAAGUUGUCUUUUGUGCCGUUGGAACAUUCCCCGUACGAUGAAAGCUGCCAACGCAACUACUUACUAGGACCGCAUGACGUGCCCCUAACGGGUGUGGGGGCUAUAUGGAUGACCGACGGGGGUCCCGUGCGGCGGAGACGAGUGGGCCUCAACGGAGACAUGCCGGAAAAGGUCAAAGGCCUCCAAGUCAUAUGCAAGAACAUGAAAGUCCUCACAUUCAGCUUCGUGAACUCCUCAAAAGGCAACGGCAGGAAGAUCGCUAUGGCCCUCGUCCACCACGCGUUCCCGAAACGUCACCACCUCCUAUUCGCGUUCGAAUACAAAGAGCCUUACUACAGAACGCUGCCUUUAGAUUUAAACAUGUUUGACAGACCAGCUGAUUGGCGGAGAGAAUUGGAACGUUGCGAUUGUCCGCAUUGGAGAAUUACCCCGAUAAAUGCGACGUUAGAUGCCUUCAUGUUGACGGCCAGUCCGACGCUGAUAGUCCCGAAUUCGUCGCUGGACUGCAAUCUUAUUGAUUACGCGAGACAUUUUAAAAACGGGCGUAUUCCUAUUUGGGUGUGGGGGCGGGAGGAGGGGGCGGCGCUGCUGAGGAGCGGCGAGUUGCUGCCCACUGAUCUGGCGUUGAAGACAGAGUGUGUUUUGUUCGAGCAGGUACGUCGGAUUCAUCCGAAACUAACGCCGCCUCGAGUGAUAUACCUCUGCGGCAACAGCUUCACAAACAGUCCGAGUCCGAACACGCUGCCGCCACUCGGUAUACUUCAGGCGUCGUAUAAAAAACUAGCCGAGUUGUGUACUCCCACUACUUUAGGAGGAUUUUGGAUACAAGAUUCACAAUACUACUCCAUCCUGGAUUCAAGUAGAUGGCUGCGGUACGUGGCCAACUGCUUGGCUUUCGCAGACGAGGCGGCAGAUCAUCUGUCUAGGAAUGUUACUGUUGUUUUACAAGAAGGCGACGGCGUAGAUUACUGCGCGGUGGUGUCGUCUUUAACGCAGCUGUUGGUGGACCCCUACUUCCGCACCAUAUCGGGCUUCCAGUCGCUCAUUCAGAAGGAAUGGGUGGCGCUUGGUCAUCCAUUCUGUGACAGAUUCGGCCUCCCGCGGCCCGGUAGCAGCGCGGAAGCAUCCAAAGACGCAACAAAGACAGGCUCCGCCCCGCAAUCCGCGCCCGUGUUCCUCCUCUUCCUUGACUGCGUAUGGCAACUAACAAAUCAGUUCCCAGCGCACUUCCAGUUCACGGAAACGUACCUUACGACGCUGUGGGACUGCGCACAUAAUCAUGUCUUCGAUACGUUCCUGUUCAACUGCCCGAGGGACCGCGACCUGCCUAUGAUUAAAUUUCAGUGCCCGGAAACCUACCUUUCGUCCUCCGAGGAGACAGAAGGAGCCAUUAGUCAUGCGUCUAAUACUCGUACUCUUGUCGCCAACCGGCGAGAUAGCUAUUCGCUGCGCAUCAAGAAUUUCAUCCAGAGGCCAGUUUGGGACUGGAGCGAGCAGUUCUCCGAGCAGGACAAAGCCUUGUUUUACAACCCGCUGUUUUCCAUCAACAAGACGCCCAAUACGCCAAAACAGAGGAUAUCACAAACAUCGCUGAGUAUGAAAACGCCCGAAUUAUCACGACUGGAACCUUGCACGUCCAUAGCGGGCAUGGAACUUUGGUCCCAGUGUUACGAGCGAUGGCUGUUACCACUCGACGCGAUGCACUCGGGCGUCAUCCAAUACCACAUCCACAACUACGCCGUACUGAAAGAGAUUCAACAGCUAAACGAAAAAUUAUCCCAACUAUCCAUAAUGGCGAACCGGCAGUCGAACGGCACGGAAACGUCGGAUUCUAACCGCACAGUCGUAUCUCGGUUCUAUCCAUUCAGCGCGGGAAGACGGGACGCGCUCACGGGGACUUUAGACUCCAUGCAGGUAAGUUUGAUCGACGCCAGCCAACUUCUGGACUCCCAGUCCCUUCUGAACGCGCCCGACUAACAUCAAGCCAUCGUUGACUACGUAACAAUACUCGUGCGCGUCUCAUGUAUACAUUUCUAAGUAUUUGUAUACUUUAUUACCGUGUUAUAAAGUCGAUUUCAACUUUAGACCAUAACACUUGUCGCGCGUAGCCAAGUCAUAUGUAAAAAUAUAUUUUUUCUGGAUUUAAUAGAUGCGUGCACCGAAUUAAUAAGAAAAUAUUAUUAAAAAAAAGAGCGAUAUGGUCAAACGCACUUGAAAGUAAUUAUUAUAAAGUUUAGGACUUUAGGAAUUAUCGCUAAAAUUGCAUAGUUACUGCUUUUGUUUAAAAAGCGUUUGAGUAUUCAGCUGGUUAUACAUUUUGAAUAGUAUUUUAAAUGAAGACUGCGAUUAUCGUAUUGCCUUAAAAAAAAUAAGCUUAUAUAAAUUAUAUGAUAUGAUAUAUCUUCCAAAAAAUAUUUGUCUUUUUAGGUAAAUUGUACAUUUAUAAGAAUCAUUUUCAGGAUUGAAUUUAGAAUACCGACAACGUUUAGUCAGCUAAUGAAUAAUUCCGAUGUUUUAAAAAACCUUACAUUUAAGCACCAUCGCAUAAGUUUUUUCUUACGUUUUUCUGUAAUGGUUGAAAGAAGUUGUUGGUAUGGGUCUUUCAUUUAAAAAUACUUUGGUUCUCUCAUUAAGAGGAAUUGAUUGAAACAUGUAUAUUCCGUAGAACAAAUAACUUAGUGAUACUUAUGUAUGGUUAAACCAUUAAUGUAUAUUUUUUUAUAUUAAGAGUGUCUUAUUUACUCCAAAAUGGAGGUGACUUUUUAUUGAUUGUAUAUAGUAUAGGUGUUUAAUAAUAUGAAUAUAGACUUGUUUCUUUCGAUAACUUAUUUCGCCCAGGGUUUUCUGAAUUCGGAAAAAAAGCAUAGGAUUCUUACGUUAUUAUAACUAUCUGCAUGUUAUGUUAUUAUUCGAAUUAUAAAUUCAGAACUUUCAGCGGUUUAAAAAAUGGGCUUUACAUAUUACUUUCAUGUCGUAAUUGAGAAUACUAUCGAAACUUUAGCAUACCUACAAAUGAAAGAACAGGAAAGUUUUUUUUAUACUGCCUAACGCCAAAAUUAAUAUGGUAUGAGUAUAGUUAACAAUUUCAAAUAUCUUCCAUAACAAAGUCUGUUCUCGAAAUAUUUUUUAUUAUUUUAAUCCAAAUAUAUUACUACUAACAUGAAUAGUUUCAAUAUGUUACCAUAUCUUAACAUUUUAUCAUAAAGACCAAAUUUAUCGUUUAAGCUAUUAUCGUUGUUAAUAUGGCAGCUGAUUUUUAUAUCUUAUUCAUUUAUUUGAUAGUGUUUAACGGUAAAUAAAUAUAGAAACGGAUUUCUGUAAGGACCGUAUUAAUCAGCCUUUGCCUAUCCCCAAGGGAAGUGGACGUGAUAUGAUGUAUGCAUUGAUCAAAUAUAGACUUAUAAAUGUUUUUUUUUAUUUAUUUUACCUCACAAUAUUGAAAUGUAAAAUUCAAUCAAGCAAAAAUACAAUUAAAAAUGUGUAUUUCAUUGUCAAAUUUGUACAAAUAAUGCUUGCAAUUAAUAAUAAUAAAAAAACAUAUCCGUAAAUCGAUGGAUAUAAAAAUUUAUAGGCAAUUUACAAUCAGUUUUAAAAUGCGGUCGCAAUAUUGUUAAUUCGUUCAGUAGGCCUGUAAUAUAUUAAUUAUAAUAUUUUACUAAAGCAUAAGAUAAACGUAAUAUUGGUGUAUAAUAAUUCUAUGAAACGUUAUUGUAUAGCAGAUUAAUAUAAAAAGAAACCGGCAGAAAUGCUUUUGUAACUUGUUGUAAUCUAACUUGUAACUAUAAAUAUUAUUAUUAAUGUAUUUUCGUAUAAGUGUUGCCCUUUUUAUUUAGACUUAAGGUCAGUUCACAUCGAGACGCGAGGCAUAGUUUUAAUAGAGCGACUUAUAUACAUAUAUAUAUAUUAACUUAAUCAUAGUUAAUUUUAGGUUACAAUAUUAAAAUUCCGCUUCGUGUCUGGUGUGAACAAGCCUUUACACAACAGUUUUAGAUUUAAUGUAUUCUUAUGAUCCAAUGCGCGUGGAAAUGCGAGCAAAGAUGACAUCUAUGCGAGAGCUACGCGCAAUGGAUGUGUAAGUCCUUGUAAAUAAGAUUUAUCCUAAAAUAGCAUCCACCAUUGAAUUUCACGUUAAUUCGUCAAAACUUAUAAUGUCGUUAAAAAUAAUAUUCUGGAUUUCGUCUAUGGGUUUUCCGAAAAGUACUCGCAUAGAGGAAGAAGUAUUUAUGUAUAAAUAAAUUACAUUUAUAGGUACCUAAAUAAUGAAAAAAAAAUUCUUUUUUGUUAUAGGUUUUUUUGGUUUUGGUAAUAUAAUUUUCUUGUGCCAUUAGAUACGUUUGAAAUUGCUCAUAUCCCAUAAAAAGUGUAUCCCAGUGUAGAAAAUAUUCUGUUGUUAAGCGUACCUGACAACGUGAAAUGCAAAUGUUCAAAAAUUUAAAUAAAAAAUAUGGUCGUA